UUUGUUGGCUGGAAUUGUAUUCACGUUGAUUGUAGGCUUUUGCGAAAUCAAAUUGUAUUUUCCUGAUGAGAGAUGAAUUUAAUUAAAUUAUUAGUUACCUUAGUAGCCUCUAUAUCAAGAGUAUCAUCUUCAAAUAAUUGGAUAAUUAAACAGCCUCAUCUAAUUAGAACUGGAUUUACUAAUAUCCUAUGGGAAUAUGUUGAUUCUAAUGAUUUUAAAGUUAAUCAAAAUGUAACCAAAGAGUGUAAAUUGAGUUUGAAUUAUGUAAAUCAAUCAAUGAGUGAAGGUCAAGAUUGGCCAAUUAAAUUGUUUGAAGCUUCUGGUUCAAUACCUGAUGAUUUUUCUGGUUAUGGUUAUUUGGCUUUUGGUAAUAUUGAUCAAUGUAAACAAUUAAAUUGGAUUAAUUAUGAUGGAAACAAUCAACUUGCUUCUUAUUGUUUGACUUCAUUUCUACCAAAUAAUAAAACAAUUAACUUGAGUGACAAUAUUUUCACUUCAAAGAAAUUGAUCUCAUGUGAAUAUGGAGCUUGUUUCAAGAUUGGAUUUUGUUUGCCUUCUGAUUGCUCAUCAAAUGAUUUACAAAUCAUCGCUUCUAAUGCUCUUAAACCAUAUGAUUGGGAUCUAUUUAGUGUUGAUCAUUGUUUAGUCAAUGAAACUUUCGUUGAUAAACUAAUCAAAGCUCCAAUUUUACAGAAAUUAUGUUUAGUCUUACUAAUUGUAAUAAUCUCAACUGUAUUGGUCGCCAAUAUCUUGGAAUACAAAUCAUCAAAACUAAAUAACAACAACAACAAUGAGACUGAUAAUUAUGAUCAAUCAAAUUGGUUUUAUCAUCUCUCAUUUAAAUCAAGUUAUCGACAAAUUGUCCAACCGAAUUGGUCUUCUAAUAAAAUGAUCAAUUUAUUACAAUACUCAACUAUGCUUCAUAUCAUCGUAAUAAUCACACAUAUGAUUAGUGUUCCAAUACUUCUGAAUGCGGUGACAAUUUUCAAUUUUCCUUAUAAAAGUCAAUUACAACUCGAUGAUAAUUUGAUAUUUUCCAUAACACUUUCUGAUUGGUACUUUGAAGGGAUAUUCGCAUACGGAGGAUUUGGUCGCUCUUUAGAAACUUGGAAGCGAAUCGGACCAAAAACAACAUUAAAACAGUUAAUUGUUUCCACUUUUACUAAAUUGCUUUCUUUAUCUGUUUUAAUCACGACCAUUUUAAUUAUCCAUGUUAAUCUACCUUUGAUCUCCUCUGGACCUUUAAAUAUGGCAGAAAAGGCUUCAAACUCUUGUCUUGGUUUCUUUUGGCAAACUGUUUUUCUAACCAACAAUCAAGCCAAAAACGUUAAUCAACAAUGUUUAGGUCACUUUUGGUCAGUUUCAGUCGAAAGUCAAUGUUUACUGGUCAUCGUUUUACUUGUAUUUCUGUAUAAACGUUACCCUAAAAUUGGAUUAACAGUUAAUCUAAUCACUAUAAUCGGAUCGCUAUACUAUGUUGGUUUCCUUUAUUAUCAUAAUCAACAUUCAGCUCAUCUAAUAAGUGAAGGGAUUACUAAUAUAAAAGCAAUUGAAGAUUAUAAUGUUAAUCUGUAUACACGCUCAUCGACUCAUCUUUGGAUCUAUUGUACAACCGUAUUGUGCACCUACUUAAUUAUGAACAAUUAUGUUCCAACGAUUAUCAAGUUUCCUAUUCUUAGGAGCAUCAAUACGAAAAUGGUUCCAUUUUGUGUUUUACUUUUUCUCUUCCAACCAAUUUACCUGAGGCUAAUUAAACCUUAUCAGAAUCAGCUGAUUCUCGCAAUUUACUCGGUGGUACAUCGACUCUUCAUGAUAGUAUUUUUCUUAUUUUGUGGCUUUCGAAUGACCGACGAAGCUAAAAAAGUUUUCGAUCGACCGGAAGAGCCAAAGUCUCAUUCCAAUGGAUUAAACUCUAAUGGAAAAUUAAAGAGUAUUAAUGGUCCAAUGAUUAGUUACAAUUCUAAUUGUUAUGAAAAGAAAUCAAUUAAUUCAGUUGAACAAAUGAGAAAAUUAAAAUUCUAUACAAUAAUCGCUACGAUUUUAAGGUCAACUUAUUGUAUCCAUAUAACGAUAUUGACCAUUUCUUACAAUUCAUUGCGUCGGCCGAUAACAUCACCUUAUCAAUUGUUGAUUCUUAUGGUAUUUCAAUUGAUUCUCUGUAUAUUUGGUGGUUUAUUGUUUCAUUUUUUUAUCCUCGGCCCAUUUACUAGUAUAACUGUUUUCAUGAGGAAGAAAAUUAAAUCACAAUGAUUAACAAUCUACAAUUAACUCAAUUACUGUAUUGAAGAAAAAAUCAAUUGGGAAAUAAAUUCUAUUCUAUUAAUA